AUGACCGAAGCGAUGCAGGAGUUCUACUCUGGCCACAACCGACCUACCCAGCAAUCGAGAAUCGUCUGCUGCAAUGCGCCGUUCCGCAAGGAGGCCCAGAGCCACCACACAGCGAAGGCGGUGUUCGCUGCGGCGUACAAGGUUGAACUCGGCGACGCGAUCCCAGCGGACCAGGACGUCAAGGUCUCCAGCCAGGGCGACUAG